AGAAUUAAGGUGAAAAUGUUUAUGGUAUUUUACGUAAGAACAUAAUCAAUGAAAUGAAAUGACACGUGGCAUAAUGAUGAGAAACCCAGGGCAGUUGGAAUGAAUCCACAUGUAUCAGAUUUUGUCCUCCUCAGUUAUAAAUAAGUGAUAAAUAAAUUCAGAUCCAAAUCUCAAAUCUCGCCCACAUUUUCCACUUCUCUUGCUCGAACUGUCUGAACCUCACUCACCCUCGGCGAUCGAUGGGGUUUCCAGCUGUGGACGGUCAAGAUAAGCCAAUCAAGUUCUUGAUCUACGGCCGUACCGGCUGGAUUGGUGGCCUCCUCGGUAAGAUCUGUAAAGAGCAAGGGAUCACAUUCGAGUACGGUUCUGGCCGCCUCGAGGACCGAGCUGCGAUCGAAGCUGAUAUCGGCUCCGUUAAGCCCACUCAUGUUUUGAACGCCGCCGGCGUUACAGGCCGUCCCAACGUCGAUUGGUGUGAGUCACAUAAGGUCGAGACCAUCCGUACUAACGUCGUCGGGACCUUGAACCUCGCCGACAUUUGCCGGGAGCGAGGACUUCUUCUUCUCAACUAUGCCACUGGAUGUAUAUUUGAGUACGAUUCGGCUCACCCGCUCGGGUCGGGUAUCGGAUUCAAGGAGGAGGAUAAGCCUAACUUCAUCGGAUCCUUCUAUUCAAAUACCAAGGCCAUGGUUGAGGAACUGCUCAAGAACUAUGAGAAUGUCUGCAUUUUGCGUGUAAGAAUGCCCAUCUCAUCAGAUUUAUCAAACCCUCGCAACUUCAUUACAAAGAUCUCUCGAUACGAGAAGGUUGUCAAUAUCCCUAACUCCAUGACAAUCUUGGAUGAACUCCUUCCCAUUUCGGUUGAGAUGGCGAAGAGAAAUCUCACUGGAAUAUGGAACUUCACAAACCCUGGUGUGGUCAGCCACAAUGAGGUCUUGGAAUUGUACCGUGAAUACAUCGACCCCAACUACACAUGGAAAAACUUUGAUCUUGAGGAGCAGGCCAAGGUAAUUGUUGCCCCAAGGAGCAACAACGAGCUUGAUACCACAAAAUUGAGCAAAGAAUUCCCUGAAAUGUUGCCCAUCAAGGAAUCCCUCAUCAAGUAUGUCUUCAAGCCCAACCAGAAGACUGGCAAGGCUUGAAAACCUUUGUUUAGGUUUGAACUUUUCGUGUUUCUCUUAUUGCUAUUUAUUUGAUUCAGUUCAAAGUGGUCGUUAUGAUUUCUCCGCUAUAAUACCACCUAUCUUUCCCUUAAGGUACAAGUAGUGGGUACCCUUUAUUUGUAUUUGAAUGUCUUGAUUUAAUCAAACGAAUAAUAAUAAUAAUAAAAAAAAAAGAGCAGUGCGAACUUGAAAAUCUUUCAUCAAUUCUAGAUUAUGUAAGGGGUGGUGAUGGUGGUGGUGGUGUUGUACGGGUAUCAUGUUUUACAUUAUUGUUGUGAAUUGUGAUCUUUUAGGCCCUUUUUCAUUAACUGGCUUGGCUUGUGUACUUUAUAGUCUUUUAGUUUUAAUAACAUAUUUUUUUUAUC